GACAAACAUCAACACAUCAUUACAUCAUCACAUCAUCACAUCAUCACAGUUUUAUCCAAAUAUUUUUCCAACAAAUAUAUAUCACUUGUUUGAGUAGAUCAAGUAGUUAUUGUUAAUGAAUUGGACAGGAGGGCGCCUGCAAAGGCAUUCUAGAAAAUCAUCUCGUGGCGGCGGCGGUGGAGGCUUGACCAAACGACAAAAGGAACACUUCGCAAAGGUGAAGGCUAACCUAAGAAGCGGAAGCCAGAAGAACGUUACUACUAAAUGGACAAUAUUCGACAAGAUCGUAGUAGAACAGCCACACGUACGGUCGCUUGGAAGUCAUAUUGAUUCAGUGAAGAAUUCUGAGUGUGGUUCAAGACAAGGAGGGAGAAAUGAAGUUGGGCGGGAAUAUUUUACUGAUCUCCACAAACACAACGAUCUCACGCCCACCCCAAAACGCACAGAGGCUCAAGAGAAGCAUGCAAAUAAUCGUUCUUCGUCAGUUGAAUUCGUUCAAAGAAGUCCCGUUGCCGACGAUGAUUUAUACAACGCUACGCCUCCACCAUUGAGAAUCAAGCGCGAGCAUGCCGCAUCUUCAGAGCUUAGGGAUGAUCCGCAGGACUACGAGGCGCGAGAAGCAAUGGAACAAUCGAUGGAAGAAAGGAGACGAAAUCUAUUGAGUCAAAAAGACUGGGUUGGUUUAAACAUUCAUCAUUUGCCGAAAUUAAAGUUCAACCAACCGAGACAUGAUGAAGAUAUUGGGCGAAGAAGAAAGGUAAAGGAUAGACACAGAGCACGAUAUUCUAAGCUUCAGACAAGAAUCAGCUCGCCAUUUGCCUCAAGGAAAGAUCGAACAAGGGAGCAACAAGAAGCAGGUUAUAUGGAAGAAAGACUGUUGAAAAAUGACGUUAGAAUUUCGAUUGGUGGGAGGAUUGUUCCGCCAGGUAUAAGUUCGAGUUCACGACCGAAAAAAGUCAUUCGUCAAUCUACACCGCAUAUGAAGCACCUAAUGUUGACAUCAGACCAUAUGUUGCUUGACGAUGAGUAUAUCAUGGAGGACCAGGAAGAUUUGAAUAGUGAUAGGUUUCUUUCUGCUUUCGAAGCAAAAAUACAUGGCAAUGGAGAUAACGACAAUUCGGCGAGGAUAAUUUCAUUGGGUAGGUGUUUGGAUGCCCACGGUACGCAUGGAAGUCAAGAAAUUCGCCCAACUCCAAGACGUUCAUCACUACUUAAGACAAUCAACAAAGCUGAAAUCUCACAUGAGUCUUGGGGUAAAGCGUCACCAUUUUCUCGCACAGCCAUCAGAUCGAUUUGCGAUACCAGUAUGAAACAACCAAUGCCCACCCGUCCUGCACAACAUCCGGUUCUCCGCUUAAGCUCACCUAAGUGUAACAGUAGUGUGCUUGCACAGGUCGGGGGCUCGAAAAGUGUGUUUUCCGAGGAUCAAUUGGUGGAUAACGAGAUGUGGAAAGCAUGGAUGCCACUACCCACAGGGAACACAGAGCGCAACAACUAUGAAAGGGAAGAACAUCCGAAGAAUAGGAACUUGUCAAUAAGCCCGGGAGUAAGUGUCAUUCCAACCGUACGUGAGAAGACCUUUAGCAGCUCAAGAUCCAAUGAUGAGGAUUCAGGUGGAAAAUACGAGCAUUCCGAGUCUUGGGGAGGCUGCGAAAGCUCGAUGACACAAGAGCAGUCUACAACAGUACAUAACAGAGAUUGGUCUCCAUCGAAUAACGUCGACAAUAUUUCAUCCAAUGAUAUGCCGCACAGCUCGGAUGUCUAUGACCAGUUUUUCUCAUCUGAUAGAUGUGAGCUUGGAAAUUUGGGAGAGGGACCAUUGAUAUCCACACAAUAUAGGAAUCAGGACAAUACCACAAUCAAACCACAAGACAAGCGAUCGCCACAGAGAACAUCUUCGAGCAUUCCAUGGAAUCCCCCUAGAAGCUCAAGUCCUGGGAUAACCAGGCCUUUCCAUAGCAACUUUGUCAGUAGUCCUUGUUCCAAAGUUCCCCCUAUUCAGCAGACGCCUACCUCUACUAGACAAACAACUGAAUUUGAAAAGACUGCACUGCAACACAAUCAAAUACCAAAGACGUAUCAAAAUUUGGGUAUAAUAGAGGAAUCUCCGACGAAAGGUGUCCAGAGGAAAGUAGACCAAAAUGAACUCUGGAUGAAGUUUGUUUUUGACGAGGCUAGUGAAGAGAAAGACGCGGUACUGAGAAAGACUACAUCUACAGGAUUUGAGCUCGAGAAAAGGGAACCCUCGCCAGCUUUUUCAACCUUUGUGCACAAUUCAGUCGAGUCUGAAAGUCCAUUGCAACCUAGAUAUGUUACGCAAGCGAAUAGUCGUAUCACUUGGCAAGAUCCACAGCAAGGAAACAGCAGCGUAUAUAGGAAUGAAUUUGGCCAGUCCUCCAAUUACUCAACAAUCGCUUAUCAGUCCAGUGUCAACCACGACCCUGUAGGGGCGGCUGCCCGAAAUAAAAGUACACCAUAUCCGUUGGAAGGAAAACAUCAUCAAACUAGUAGAGAUUCGGGUUCAAAUAAUCGUACCUCUGCAGUAGACUCAACCAACUUCGGAAUCUCAAAUAGUAGUACAUCCUCAUCUCCAAAGACGGACUCGCUUUCUAUGAUGGCAGUCUCAGGUUCUCAGAUCAAUACAUCAACAACAACAACGACUCAAAGAUCUUUCCUAGAACCGCAUUGCAAGGUUAUCUUCACCAAACCUCAGCCAUUUAUUGGAUCGAAAUCAGAGGUAAAAUUUUCAUCUCCUGAUAGAACUAUCCGUAUCGGCAGGAAAGAUCUCAAAAAACAGAUGAGCAGUGGUAAUAGCAGAAUGUUUCUGGAAGAGAUAGAGGAUGAUUAAAGCGUCUGCGUGUUUGAAAGAUGCAUUUUGUACUUAUGGUGCCCCUUUUCAAUAGGAUUGGCUGAGUAUAGUAGCUAUUAUCUAAACUUAGAGAGCUGGAAUUGGCUAGAUAUUUAACAUUUGAUUUAUUGCAAAAUAACAGGCAACCAGACA